AAAUACAAAAUAUUCUUGUGGUGGGCGCCGACAUACAUGUGCGGCAAUCGGUGAGGCCAUGAGGCACCGGAAUGUGAGAAAUGUGUCCGAUGUAGUGGGGGAAUGGGGUCUCUGGCAGCUAAAUAUCACCUCCUUUUCCAUCUCCAUUUCCCUGUUCUCGGCGCUCAACAACCUGUCCGUCUCUUUCUACGCGCCUAAUGUCAAGUACUGGUGCUCUGACAACACCACCAGUAAUCAGUCUCAGGCAAUCGAUGGUUGUGUGAAUGGCUGCAAGAAUUGGGAAUUUGAUAAAACAGUGUUUGAGUCGACGAUUAUUGAUGAG